GUGCCGAAGCCUGUGGAGAUGUACCAGCUGAACGCAGUGCCCGGCCGCACCUUCGCUGCCCUGCGGCUUGGCAGGGAGGGUAAAGUUGCACAGGAUAACAUGAAUGAUGAUGACUCCAGCAGUGAUCAUGUUUCGGGGUGCAGUACAUUGAGUGGCACUGCACUGUCUAUUGUGUCUGUGUUGAGAACAGUGUUCGGAGCCUUUCCUCCUGCUCAGCGGAUAAAGGUUCUGCUGCCGCUGUGCGGGCGGUGGAGCGUUCGUGUGCCCCCGAGGUCUGAUUCUGUGUGUGAGGACACCUACUUGAAUGAUUUGAUACACGUACUUUCUUUGAGGGUCGGUCGUGUUAUGGAGCGGAAGUUGAGUGUUGGUGGAUUGGGGUUAUUUUCUCCAGUAAGCACUGAUGUUUCGUUUGGUUUUAGUGGGAGUAUGUUNGAAGACGGAGUCAAAUACUGUACGGAAGUUCCACGCUGCUGUGAAGGAUGA